AGGAUUUUUUGCAGUUAGUGGUGUUCCAGGCACAGGCAUUGCUCCCUGCCUGCCUCCAUGGCUGACUCAUGCUCCAACCUUGGUCAGGACAUCAAGACUUUGUGUAAUGACUGGGGAAAAAAAAGAAAAAAAAGAAGGAAAAAAGGCAAGCAGGUGAAAUGUUUUAAAUGAAGCCCAGAACUGUGAAGAAAUAUACUCUUAUGUAUCAUUUUCUGAUCACCAUAAUGUCAGCUGGGUGAAAGGCUUCAGAAUGGUUUACUUCUGAAGAAUCACUUGCCUGGAUUUCAGCAAAUGCCUUUGGGAAGAGCCUGGAACAACACAUCUGCUGACACCCCUGUGUAAUCAAAGGGAGGCAUUUUUCCAAGCAGACAUUGGUUUGGUGCAGCUUUGAACAAAACAAGAACAAACAAAACCCAACAGUGCUGAAUGCUGCACCCUUGCUGCAUGGUGGAAGUAACUUGAGUUUACUGAGAGUUCAGCCUUGCAAUGCAUCUUCUCUAACAUGAGACUUGAUCAGCUUGCUUUCAUAGCCACAUAUAGGGAAACGAAAAUAGAAGUUGCUUGAAUCCUGUUAGCUCUUCUGGCAAGAAGCAGGACAUCGGUGACUUGCUAGCUGAGAGCGAGAAGCAAUCUGUAGUGUCCCAUGACUCUGCUGGAUGAACAGUGUGGUCACAGUGACUUUUGGAGCAGCGGUCACUGCUGGAGUUAAAGGAAGUUUUGGUUCCCAAAACCAGAAAGAGGGAAGUGGAGGAGGGAGCAGCUUGAGAACUAUCACAAGAAUGUGAUAAGGAAGGGAAGAACUACACACGUGAGAGGUGAUGCCAAGGAGUAAGAUCUGAGUUCCUAUUGUACUGGAAUUGCUGCAUGAAAACAAAUUUGCCUGAGUAUUUUUACCAAACCCUGAAAGCUUGAGCACAGACAAACACAGGUAAGGUUCAGCCUUUGUUCGCCACAGUAUUGUCUUCCUGAGACCAGAAUGCCCAAUGAAGGACAGCUAGCAGCUAGCAGUCCCAUCAGAUAUGUUAUAGCUUGGGAUGACUUUGGGCUCAAUAACACCUACAGAACCUGUUGAAAUGUUUCCUAAAUCCUAGCCAGAUGUAAACCCUCCCAUAACAAGGGUAACAGAGCAGCCUGAUGUUUCCAGAGCGUGAUUUUGCCUUGAAGCCUUGGUGAGUAAUGGGUAUAAAUUACCAAUGGUCUACUUAUUUUUUGUUUUACCUCAUGAUAUAUGAUUGGCUAUUCUGCCAACCGAUAGCUUGCAGCUAUGCAAGCCUCAGACAGACAGGCUAAAUCUAGGGAAGCACAAAAUGACUUGAUGCUCGUCUUAUAUCUAGAUUGUAAAGGCUUAGGCCAGGAACCGCCUCUGUUUGCCUUUAUGGUUUUUUGUGUGUGUGCGUAGCUAGGUAACAUAGCUUGGCCAACUCCAUGACGGUUGUCUUGGGCAUGGCUGCACUGCAACCAGAAAGUCAUUACCAGCAACCAGCCCUCAGUGCAUGCAAGUUUCUCAUGCUUGUUUGAGAGGUGAAGCACUUGUGAAGGUUUAAUCGAAAUCUGAAUACAUGUGACUGAAAUUGGCUCUCUGUGAUUAUUUAUACAAGUAAAUCUGCUUCUCAGAAGUUCUCAGAAAUCAAAUGCCAGCCUUGUCUGAUCAUUUUUUUAAAGGAGUAAAUAUUUGUUGAAAAAUUCUUUGCUAUAUUAAUUUUGCUCUGCUGCCCUGAUAGGGAUGAGGAGGGACUCCUGGUGUGCAUCAAUCAGCCUUCAGUGAAGUGGGACCAAAAUAGCUGAUUACUUGGUCCAUAACACAAUCCUCUGAACGAAACCCAGACCUUUCAGGUGUCCCAGAAAAAAUCUUAAAGUAUCUCAUUUUCCUUCAUACAUCUGUAUAGCCAGCUAAAAUAUUCCAGGAAAUGUUCCUCAUUUCAACACUAGGUACGUCAGGUAAAGGUAUUUUAAGCAGGAGGUAGUUUAAGCAGAGUGAGACAUAUUUCCGUGUUUUCCUAACCCCGCUUGAAAGCACGUCUGCCAGUAAGUGGUUUGCAACUUGACAGUCGGCCACGGCUAUUUUUUCAUUGCUGUAUAAUGUCUAUAAUGUUCUCAUUCCCUGUUGCUGACCUUUUUUUUUUUUUCUUUCACUUUCUCUCUUUUUUUUUCCCUCUUUUUGUGGUAACCCUUUUACCUUCUUUUCCCCUGCUUAGACCCAUUAGCAGGAUGUUGUGCAAUAUGGUGCUUGUCAUCUGUUUCAAAGACACAGUGAUGAGAUACAGGUAUGCCAGAUGGAUAAACCUAGUGUGACUAAUUAUUGUGUAUUUGCCUUUAAUUAUUAUCAUUUAUUACCAGAGAAAAGACAAUAGAGGUUCUCAGACUCAGAAGGGAAUGUCGGCAGAAGGGGAUUGUUUUCUUUUUUUUUAUUACAAGAGAGUGGUACAUCAGCAAGAAAAGUUUUCUUCCUGAGGAGAAACGUAAGUAAACGUUGAGAUGAGAAGUCAACAUGACCCAUGCAGGGCUUUCCUUUCCCUGACAUACUUGAGAAUCAGUUAUCUCAGAGGUAACAGUUUAUUUGUGAUUAUAGAUCAACUUUUCCUUUGCUUGAAUGUAUUAAUGAGUAUGUGGAUAUCCUUCAGUCAUCUGCACGGGUAUUUUCCCUGAGAGAAAUGAAAUCUGUAAGUCACUAAGUUGUAAUUUUUAAAUAAAUAAAGCCCAGGUUAGCAAAUAUCAUUGAAGAUUUCAGUGCCAUCAGGCUGAGCCUCCCAGUCUUUGAAUUGAAUUUGCCUCCAUAUUUGACGCAAACAUAUAGGAUCUCUCUGGUGUUUGGCAUGUGUGUAGACAUUUCUCUUUCGGUUAUUAUAACCUUAUUAUCACUAAGAAUCCUUCAAAACGCAUAUAAAACGUUUCAAAAUAAAGAGGACAUCUCUGUUGCAUCUAUGUUAGUCUAGGCCACUUUGCUCAGCUCAGGAUCUACAGCCAGGCAUUCUGGGCUACUUUGAGAAUCAGAAUCAUGAAUGUCUUUGGUUGGAAGGGACCUUAAAGCUCCCUCAGUUCCAACCCCUGCCGUGGUUGUCCCCCACCAGAUCAGGCUGCCCAGGGCCCCAUCCAAUCUGGCCUUGAACAGGAUGGGGCACCCACAACUGCUCUGGGCAACCUGAACUAAAGGUUGAUAUCAUUAGGAAAACUUUUGGAAAUGUUAAUAAUAUAGCACCCAAAGCUGCUUUUAUUUUGCAGUUGAAUCUGCUAUUAUUUACUAGCACAGGCAAGAUUAUGAUGGCUCGUAACUUUGAUCUUCUUGCUUAUGGGGCACAGCACUUUAAUUUGGGAGCAGCCAUACUGAUUUGGUAAAUAGAUUGAGGAAGAGCUUCAGACGUGCGCUUUAAAAUUCAUGAAGAUCUGAUACAGUAUGUCUUAGACUGAUAUUUUUGCAUAUUGACUCUGUGGCUAAAUCGCAUCAUAACCUAGAGGACCAGUGAUCACCUUGAUCUAUCACAGAUAGUACAAGGCAUAAUCAAUGUUGCUAGUCUGCUGAAAUAUUUCUAUAUAUAGUAUUUGUCAGAAGAAUACAUACAAAGCUACUAAAAGAAACAAAGUCCGUACAUGGACGAUUUACAAACAGGAGAAAGGGCUAAAUUUGCCACUGUUUGCCCUGAAUAGCUUACCCGGAUUACAGGCCAAUUUUGUUUUGGACAGAAAUAUUUUCCAUUGCAGAGUCUGCUAAAGUCAACAGAGUGCUGUUCCUUUGGCUGCAGGAUGGACUGAAGGCUGGGUUGUAUUUUGGGAUUGGCAGCUCUGUCCAUCUCCCUUUAACCCAUCUGACCACAGUUUGACUGGGACUUGACUAAGCACUUAAUUCUGUGAUUGCCUUGACUGUGGGCUCCUGCUCCUAAACCUAUUGCAAUAUUGUUAAUAUAUAGCAAUAAAAAGCUGCCCUUGAUAACCAAAAAAUAUUGUAUUAAAUUGAUAGACCGGGUAUUAAAAAUGCAGAACCAGCCUAAUGAAAUAACUUGCCUUUGGUUGCAAGAACCUUCAUCAUAAGAAGAUUUAAGACUAAUCUGACUUGGAGCUGCUUCAUUCCAAUUAUUUUUCAGGAAUUUUGGGGGCUUUAUUUUUCUUUUCAACAUCAUUAUUCAGUCUUGACAGUUCUUAUUUUGUUAAUUUUUUUUGCAUAUUGAGUAAAUGAGAAAUCAGUUCACAACCAUUCUUAAGGAGAAAUGAAAUGCCCAGUAAUCCAAUUUUGAUCAAAAUGCAUCUUUGCUUUUCAGAGACCGACCAGCCUGUGCAGUUAUCUCCACAUGCAUAGAGUUGAUAAUAAAGCAAAGUAAAGCUCACAUUCUUUUCCCAUUGAGAGAAAAUCUCACUUGGUGGGAACGGGGCAUUGUUCAGCUGGAGAACAAUGUGCUGUUCCCCCAGCGUGUAGCAAAGCAGAGAAUGACAAGAUGAUUUCUCCCUGUGCUUCUACUUUUGUUUCUCAAAUGUUUACAGGCCCAGAGUAAGCCUUUUCUUCACCCUAGCUGGGUGGUUCUCUUUCCUGCAAACCUUUCUUUCUGUCUCUCCUGAUGCCUUGUGUUUGCAGAAGAUAGCUUGCUACUGCAGCGCUUUUCCCAAAAGCAACCUUGAGAAGAAGAGACAGACCCAGCUGUCUUCACAGACCUGUUCUAAAGCUCCUCCGCCUUCCGCUUCAGCAUCCAUUGCCACUUGGUUUUGCAAAAAAAACCACAAAACAACAAACACAGAAGAAGCCAAAAUGCAUCACAAAAAUACAAUCCCUUUCCAAAGAGUGUCUGCACAAACAAGCUCUGUGUGUCUCACAUGGUGCAUAGAAGUAUUCCCAUAAUUCAUUGGUUUGGGUUUAUUUUGGAACUGUGCUGGCUUCAGUGAUUCCAGCUUAGUCCCUAACUGGUUUUUAUUCACCUUUGCCCUUUAGAACUUAUACCUAAAGGAGCCACUGCAUUUCUCUUGUGCAACAUCAGCAAAAUCGGUGGUUUUGAAAAGUUUUCUAGCAAUCAAGCAAAGCUGCUCCACUUCUGUGAAUGUCUUUCUUCCUUUCUACCACCCGUUUCCUCACCAACUCCUCCUAACUACUGAACAGAAAAAGAGGAGUUUUCUCCUGUUCAUUUUUCUCUGCCAUCAGUUCACUUCUCCACUUUUUCAGAGUUCCUGAGUGUGUUUCUGAGCCUUCUGACUUCAAUGGCUGUGUACUGAUGUUUAUUCAGAUGAAUAAGCGGUGGAGAGAGAAAAACUAAAUGGUUUGAGGACUCUUUGUGAAAUAUAUGAGUAGGUAUUGGAUGAAGGUGUUGGAUGAGUAUGGAUAAACACGUAUAUGAACAAAGGUAUUGGAUGAUAGGUGUACGAAUGGAACCAGAUGCACUGUAUCUGGGCAUUAUCUUCCAUUAGGGUCUCAAAGCAUUUUGAUACCCUUCAGAAUUGUUUUUAGAUUCUUCCACCUGGACUGUGGCACAACUGGAUUUAUGCUGCUUAAUGGGCUGAUUCCAAGGUUGAAAGUAGACUUUGGAUUUCCAAGCUUCCCAUUAAUUCCUCAGUAUUUUAUCUGUAUUUUAAAGGGCUCUAGCAGCUAAGAAAAAUAAUGGCCACUGUCCAUUAGUUCAAGAGAAAGCAAUGCAAAGGGCAUUUUUCCAGAACGAGGCAGAGUAUUGAACAGUUUUAUCAAAUGGCAGAGCUUAUUUCCCAGGUACCUGUCAGUGUAUCAUCACCCAUCUGUUUAAACCACUUGGGAUUCUGAGUCCACAGGAUCUUGUGAAGAAGGUUGUAACAGAGCAAUGCACUCCUGUGUGCUCCUAAAGAAAGUUGGCCACACACCUGAGUCUGGGUUGUCACAUGAAGCAAGUAUUAGAUGUGAGAAUCAUCAUGAACAUAGAUGUUCAGUAAUCAUCUUGACGUUAUAAGCAGCAGCCAAUUGUUUCCUAAAGAGAAAGAAGGGAAGAUGAGAGAGAUAACAAAUCACUGUGGGAUAUUACGAAAAGGAUCUCUUCCUAGACCAACAGUAAAUGGCUUCUUUUCCGUGGCACUAGGAAACAACCAUGUUUAUAACUAAAAAACCUGAACUUUUCAAAUGUAUUCUGUUGCCUUUCCAAGUUACCUUUAUUUUCGUUUACCCAUCACUUGUUACUGUCUUAUUUGUAUCUAUUCUUUUCAAGACAACUUGUGGUUUCUUGACUCUUCACCCUUUCUGUUUUCUUCACCAUCUAACCUUAGAGCAUUCCUCUUUUUUCUCUCUGAAAAUCUGCCUGCUGCUAUUUUCCAUGAAUCCAUCUGCAUUGAAUUAUUUAUAGUUACAAUAAAGUCUGCUUUUGUCUAAUGUUUAUUUUCUUUAAUAAAAAGAAACGUGGGGAAAAUGUUCCAAAGAACCGAAAAAGGACUUGACUUUUCCUGGACACUAGGCAACGGUAGCCAAAAAGCACAAAACAAGCCAUAGGAUGUUUGUAAGAUGAUUUCUAAAAAUAAUAAUACUUAGAACUUUGGUUUCUAAUGCACUUUUUUUGCAUUCAUUAUAUUUCCCAAAUCUGGGCCUCAAUUAUAAUGUUGUCAUGUCACCCUAAAGGCUGCAGUAAGCAAGGAACUACUGUAGAGGCAACCAGGAGCAAUAAGCAGAUGGAUACAGCUGAUAGAGGCCAGGCUUCUUCUUCUUCUCCUUGUCUUAAGUGUUUUAUAUAGGUCAUGGAACUCUCUUAUGCUGGUCAUUCCUGGCCAGUGGGUUUAUCUUGUGUCUGGUAGAAAUUAAUGCAAACAAUGUAUCUUACCUGAUGAGUCAUUGCUAGUUCUUUCUUAUUUUUUACUGCUUGUUUGAAUUGAGUUUUUAUUAUGAUUUAAAGGCUUUUCCCAUCUUCUUUUCCUGUGGAGGGUUUAUGUUGCUCAUAUGCCUUGUUUUCUCUUCAAUUAUGUAAGUCAUGCAAGCAUUUCCCCUUGAACACUUUCCAGCACCCCCUACCCCAUACCUCACCCCUCCGUGUUGUCCUCCUCAUUUACUCAGCUCCAUUCUGUUCUGUGUUUCCUGCACUGCCUACAGUAAUUGCACUUAGCGUGGAUGCUAUGGGGGAGGGAAUAUGGAAGGCAAGAAGGUUAAGGAAGGACUUCUGUGGAAUCUGCAUGAGCUGAAACACGACAAAGGCUGAAGUGAUAAAAUAAGUGACAGGAGGAAUAGAAGAGAGGAGCAAGUUAAAGUCCAGGUCCUGAGUGAUAAGAGACACCCUCAGCAUGGAGCUCUGAUGCUUAGAUCACAGGAGGAAAGUAGGAUGCCGGUACCACAGAAGUAGUGUGCUCCAAACUUUGGGCUGUACCUACUGGCUGGGGAUGAAAUCUGCCUCCAGGCCUAUGCUCCCCAAGCACCCUCAAAAUCAACACUUUGCCCUGCUCAUCCCCAGAUACACAGAAAUCCUGGGCAAGGGAAAUCCACCCGGAUGAAACAUGGGAAGCUCCUGCUGAUGAACCUGUAAGACCUUACAGCUCCUCGUGUGUCUGCUUGCUAUGGCUGCGUAGGAGCUGCUCACCUGAUUGCUAAGGAUGAAGUCAGGAAGGAAUUCUUUCCCUCCAUCUGAUGACAAAGGCUGCUUCUUUCAUCUUCUGUGAUUUAAGGCUUGGUCUCCCUCCUGGAUGUGUUCACAACCACACUCCCUGCUGUUGUUGGGACCUGAUACGUCAACAUGGCUCUUGACCUCUCCUCAUGCAAACCUUCCCCGCCUGGCAAAUAGGGAAUUUUGCCCUCCUUAACGAGAGCUACGCUAUCUGAUGGCUGCCUGAUGAAGUAGGAGCUCAAGGAGGCCACCUCUACACUGAACAAUCCCAUACAUCAGAGGCCACCCCUUUGAAUUCAACAGUUUUUCUGGUGCUAAGAGAGAAUAUUGAAAACCUGGCCUUAAAUCACACUUUUCAAGUAAUACGCAGCAAUGAAUGGAAGAGAAAAGGAAGCCAGGAGGCUUAUAGGAUUUAAGGAGCUUCUUUUGAAAGAAGAAUCCACCCUGCUGCUGAUGGCCAGAUGCUCAUCUAUGCCUGGAGAUGUGCAAAUAAACAUAAGGUGUAAAGCUGUUAGCGGUGGUUCAUGGCAACAGACUAACUCCUGUCAAGGAAAAGCAGAGAUCUUUGGGGUAACAGAGAAUAGCAAGCAACUUGUGAUCCACAAAGGAAAAUGGCAGCAGAAGGAACAUGAUAGAACUUCUGCAAUAGUGGUGAUGAAUAAAUGUGACUCCAUUUUGGCAGCUCAGGUUGCAGCUGGAAUAUCCUCUGCUCCCAUCCUGGACUGCAGCAGUGGCACAUCUGGGCAGCUGGCUGCCUUCCGGAAAAACCCUAUUUUGGGACACGCCUGCAAAAAUGUCAGCGUUUGCAUCAAGGAAAAGGUUGAACUCUAUCCUGAGAAAGUCCAUCUGUCUGUAUGGAAGGAGCAAGACAAACGCUUGGACAUGAGUCCCAGCUUUGCAGCUGCAGAUGCCACUCCUUCAAGCAGAGUUUCCCACUUGUAUCAAAGCAGGGGUUUGGGGCCUAUCAUGGGACUACCUGCAAAUAAUGCUGUGGUUCUGAUUCCUCCGGUGUGUCUUCAUAGACCUGAUGUCAGCUUCUUUCUUGUGGAGAUGAAGGUGAUGGCAAAGAAAGAGGAGGUUGUUGUCAGAAGCUCAGAAGUAAACGAAUGUCACCAUGACUGUCCAUUGGCAAACUGGAUAAGAAAGAGUGUCACACUGCAGGACAACCUAGAAGAUGACAGGUAUUUCCAGGCACAGCAAUGAUGAGAUCAAAUUCCCCUCAACCUGCCUUGUUUGCUGAUCUUUUAAUCAGAUUCAACUUCACUGCAGCUACAGCACAAGGUUCCCUGACAAUGUAUGACAGCAUGUGACAGAAAAAUAUUUUGAUUUUUUUCUUUUUUUUCUUUUUUUUUUUUUUUUUUUUUUU